UUUCUGUUUCCCAACAUGGCCAAGACUCUUCAAAACCUCACUCCAAUCUUCUUCUUCUUCUUCUUUUUCCCCUUGACCAUUGCCAAUGCACACGAUGAUCAUACUUUCGCCAAAACAUCAACCCCAGAAAACUUGGAAGUCAAGCCAGUAAAACUAACCCACCUCCAUUUCUACUUCCACGACAACAUCACAGGACGAAUUCCUACAUCCGUCAGAGUCGCCGGAGGACCAAAAGUUAAGAACAAACCCUUGACGGAUUUCAGUGCUGUGUUGAAUUUUGGUACUGUGGUGGUGAUGGACGAUCCGUUGACAGUGGGUCCUGAGCCGACCUCUAAACUGGUUGGAAGAGCACAAGGGAUAUAUAGCACAGCAUCACAAACCGAGGUUGCGUUUCUAAUGGUUCUGAACUACGUUUUCUUGGAAGGUAAAUAUAAUGGUAGCACGCUUAGCAUCUUGGGAAGGAACAGCAUAUUAUCGAAGGUGAGAGAGAUGCCAAUCGUUGGAGGAAGUGGGAUUUUCAGGUUCGCCAAAGGCUGUGCUCAAGCCAGGACUUACAGCUUUAACACCACUAAUGGUGAUGCUGUGGUGGAGUAUAAUGUCUAUGUCUACCAUUAUUAAUUUGUUCACUUUUGCUCUGUUUUCAUAAUAUAGUCAUAUAGACUAUAUAUAGUUUUGAGUAUAUAAUGAGUAAUUGCGUAUGCCUGUGAGUUGAAAGUUACUUUUGGGAUUUUUUAUGUUAUAUGUUUGUUUUGCUGGUGGGAGUACUACUAUUAUUUAUGUUUG